CCCACCCCCUGACUCCUAGCUCCUUCUCCGACUCCCGCGAGUUCCAGUCCCGACUUCCAGCUCCCCAGCCCCGCCCAUAGUCGCGCGCGCUCUCCCCGCCCCGCCCUCGUCCCCCCGCGUGCGGCCUCUACAGCCAAUGAGAUUCCGGGCCGCGUGCGCAGAUUCAAACGGCGGCUCUUGAGGGAGGCUGGGCGCGAGAUUCGGCGGUGCGGACAAAACCCUGCAGGAGGCUGCGAGCCCUGCAGAGCUGCUCGCUGCGGGUUGAGGGCGGGGGUCGGCACCCGCCGCGGAGCUGAGCAGGGACCACUGCGUAGAGGCUGAGAGGCGGCGGGAGGGGCCGGCGGAGGGCGGGAGCGCGCCUGCUGACAUGUUGGGGGCAUCCCUGACCGGGCCGGGCCGGGGAUAGGAGCUGCACUGCGAGCCGGGGGUGGGUCGCGGUCCGCCCCUCCGUCCUGCCCUGCCGGGGACGUGCGUUCCACUCUCGGUCGCCUCGGAGAGGGAGCGAGGGGGAGCGGCUGGAGGGUCGGGGACAAGGAACAUUCGCUUGAGGCUGGAGGAGGCUGAACUGCGUCCCCGCCCAGCCCGCGCCUAUGCGGUACUUGAAGGAUGGCGAAGAGGUCGCGCAGCGAGGAUGAGGAUGAUGACCUUCAGUAUGCUGAUCAUGAUUAUGAAGUACCACAACAAAAAGGAUUGAAGAAACUCUGGAACAGAGUAAAAUGGACAAGAGAUGAGGAUGAUAAGUUAAAGAAGUUGGUUGAACAACAUGGAACUGAUGAUUGGACUCUAAUUGCUAGUCAUCUUCAAAAUCGUUCAGAUUUUCAGUGCCAGCAUCGAUGGCAGAAAGUUUUAAAUCCAGAAUUGAUAAAGGGUCCCUGGACUAAAGAAGAAGAUCAGAGGGUUAUUGAAUUAGUUCAGAAAUACGGGCCAAAAAGAUGGUCUUUAAUUGCAAAACACUUGAAAGGAAGAAUAGGCAAGCAGUGUAGAGAAAGGUGGCAUAAUCAUCUGAAUCCUGAGGUAAAGAAAUCUUCCUGGACAGAAGAGGAGGACAGGAUCAUCUAUGAAGCACAUAAGCGGUUGGGAAAUCGUUGGGCAGAAAUUGCCAAACUACUUCCUGGAAGGACUGAUAAUUCUAUCAAAAACCAUUGGAAUUCUACCAUGCGAAGAAAAGUGGAACAGGAGGGCUACUUACAAGAUGGAAUAAAAUCAGAACGAUCUUCAUCGAAACUUCAACACAAACCUUGUGCGACUAUGGACCAUUUGCAAACCCAGAAUCAGUUUUACAUACCUGUUCAGAUCCCAGGCUAUCAGUAUGUGUCACCCGAAGGCAAUUGUGUAGAACAUGUUCAGACUUCUGCGUUUAUUCAGCCACCCUUCAUUGAUGAAGAUCCUGAUAAGGAAAAAAAAAUAAAGGAACUUGAGUUGCUUCUUAUGUCAGCUGAGAAUGAAGUUAGAAGAAAGCGAGUUUCAUCGCAACCUGGAAGCUUUUCUAGCUGGUCUGGUAGUUUCCUCAUGGAUGAUAGCAUGUCUAAUACUCUAAAUAGCCUCGAGGAGCACACUAGUGAGUUUUACAGUAUGGAUGAAAAUCAAACUCUGUCUGCUCAGCAGAAUUCACCCACAAAGUUCCUGGCCGUAGAGGCAAAUGCUGUGCUGUCCUCUCUACAGACCAUCCCGGAAUUUGCAGAGACUCUAGAACUUAUUGAAUCUGAUCCUGUAGCAUGGAGUGAUGUUACCAGUUUUGAUCUUUCUGAUACUGCUGCUUCUCCUGCCAAGUCCACCCCAGUCAAACUAAUGAGAAUUCAACACAACGAUGGAGCCAUGGAAUGUCAAUUUAAUGUCAGCCUUGUACUUGAAGGGAAAAAAAACAGUUGUAAUGGUGCAGACAGUGAGGCUGUUCCUGUAACAUCCCCAAAUGUGGCCAAGUUUAGCACUCCACCAACCAUUCUCAGAAAGAAGAGAAGAAUGCGAGUGGGUCAGUCCCCCAGCAGCGAACAUAGCGAUGGCUCUUUCACUGAUGGCAGUAAUACAGCACUAAAACACACACCAGUGAAAACACUACCAUUUUCUCCUUCACAGUUUUUCAACACAUGCCCUGGAAAUGAACAAAUUAAUAUAGAAAAUCCUUCAUUUACAUCAACCCCUAUUUGUGGGCAGAAAGUUCUCAUUACAACUCCUCUUCACAAGGAAACAACCCCCAAAGAUCAAAAGGAAAAUGUAGGGUUUAGAACACCUACUAUUAGAAGAUCUAUAUUGGGUACCACACCAAGAACUCCUACGCCUUUUAAGAAUGCGCUUGCUGCUCAAGAGAAAAAAUAUGGACCUCUUAAAAUUGUGUCACAGCCACUUGCCUUCUUGGAAGAAGAUAUUCGGGAAGUUUUAAAAGAAGAAACUGGAACAGAUAUAUUCCUCAAAGAGGAAGAUGAACCUGCUUAUAAAAGCUGCAAACAGGAGCAUACAGCUUCUGUAAAGAAAGUCAGAAAAUCACUAGUCUUAGAUAAUUGGGAAAAAGAAGAACCAGGUACUCAACUAUUGACUGAAGACAUUUCAGACAUGCAGUCAGAAAAUAUAUUUACAACAUCUUUAUUAAUGAUACCAUUAUUGGAAAUACAUGACAAUAGGUGCAACUUGACUCCUGAAAAACAAGAUAUAAACUCAACCAACAAAACAUAUACACUUAAUAAAAAGAAACCAAACCCUAACACUUCUAAAGUUGUCACAUUGGAAAAGAACCUUCAGUCAAACUGUGAAUGGGAAACAGUGGUUUAUGGGAAGACGGAAGACCAACUUAUCAUGACUGAACAAGCAAGAAGAUAUUUGAGCACCUACACAGCUACCAGCAGUACUUCAAGAGCUCUCAUACUGUAAUUGUUAUUAAAAUUGAUGAAAUGCCCUACUUUUACUGUAUUCUGUACUAAAUUAGGUUGCAAUGAAAUUUUUGUCAAUUAAUUGUUUUUAAAGUUUUAAUGUAACCCUAAAACGGUUUGCAUCUUUUUUCAUAUUGGGCAGGCACGAUGCCCAGCCACUUAAGUAAGGGGUUGGUAAUUUCAUAGUUAAUUUUUUAAGAGAUGAGAUUUUAAAAAAUCGUUUCUAAAAGAAUAAGAUGGGAAGACCGUGUUAGAAUGUUAUAAAUAUCCUAAAAGUAAAUUCUCACAUAUUUUCUUCAGAAGAUGUAUGUUCCUACUCUCUUGAUGCUGCAGUUUUGUAACAAAUAGGUUAUGAGUAUGUGUGAUUUCUGUAUGUGGGAAGCACACAUGGUUUUAUGAAGUACUUUUGCCUACGUGCUGACUGACUUAGGCUACCAUUUACAAAGAAAUACAGUGGAAAGAAAUUGAAAAGAAGGAGAGAAAGUUGCACUACUAAUUUUUGGUAUUUUU